AUGCUCUUGUUUAAUGGAACUAACGCAGAGGAGUGGAUUUUUAAUGUGGAAAGGUCAUUCUACACGUAUGAGGAUGAAGAAAAGGUGAAGGUUGCUGUGAGAUCUCUAGAAGGCGACACCUUACUUUUCUAUGAAUGGGAGCAUCGGAGGCGACCCAUACGAGAUUGGGAAGAGCUUAAAGGAUUAAUACGUCGGCGGUUCAAAUCUUCCAAUGACGCAACUGAACAUAUUUUGGCGAAUUCUCCGUUUGGAUCGCUAGAAUAUUCCGACCAUGACAGCAACAAGAAUGCAGUUCUGAUCCCAGGAGGUCCCAAGCUGCCUUCCGAAGAGCGAGAGAUGCCCUUGUUCGAUGGUAAUCAGUUGGACUGGAUCCUAGAGGCUGAAUGGUAUUUUUCUUUUUAUGGAUUGAGAGAAGAAGACAAGCUUGAGGCUGCAGUAAUGACUCUUCAAGGCGAUGCCCUAAUGUGGGGAAUUUGA